AAAACAAUCUUAUCGGACGCAACAACCAAGACUGAGCAUACAACUAUGAGCAUGAGAAUGAGAAUGAAAAUGAUUGUCUGACUAGGGGAAAUGAGAAAUGCGACGAUUAAUAGACCGAAAGAUAGCGACAGAGAGUAAGUGAGAGAGAGAGAGAGUAAACGAACAAAUGCUUUAGUGUGUAGACGGAUAUUCGUAUGCGAAUCUGAUUGUAAAUGCCCUUGUUGCUCUUGCACUUCAGUCUUAAUUGAAUCUCAACCCGAGCAGUGGGAGAGCGCACCACAAUACAAUCCACACACACAAUCCAUUUUUGUAGCACUUCGUCCAUGCCAUGGAUUUUGAUAAAAUACUGGUCAAGUGCGGCGAUGCGGGACGCUAUCAGUGCCUAAUGCUGCUGCUGCUCGGCUAUAUUGCGUUCACCAGCACCGUGCAUUAUUAUUCCCAGAAUAUCAUUGGAUUUGUGCCCAAACAUUGGUGCUAUCAUGAGCAGUUGGCAAAUCGCAGUCACGAGGAAAUUGCCGCCAUCUAUGCUCGCUUUGGCAAGGCGGCUUCCUGCACACGGCUCGAGAAGAUCGAGUUCCUGGACGAGGGCUACAAUCUGACGCUGAGCAGUGAGCGCUGCGAUCGUUGGAUCUACAAAUAUGAUUACGGAUUUCGUAGCAUGAAUGUGGAGCUCAAUUGGGUCUGUGAAGAUGCUUACAAAGCGCGCAUUGGGCAAUCGCUUUUCUUUCUGGGCUCUCUGGUGGGCACCUUCUCCUUUGGCAUGCUGGGCGAUAAAGUUGGCCGAGUGCGCGCUGUUAUUCUGGCUAAUCAGUGCGGCUUUGUGGGUGACUUUUUGACUACUUACGCCACCAAUUUGGCCCAGUUCAGUGCCUUUCGCUGCAUCUCCGGCUUGGCUGCAACUGCCAACUACUAUCUCAUGUUUAUUCUGGUGCUCGAGUAUCUGGCCCCAAAGCUGCGGAAUUUGGCUAUCAGUGGAACGCUGGGAUUUUGCUUUUGUCUCGGCGGUUUGGUGGCCCCUUGGCUAUCGGUUUUAGCCGGCAACUGGCGCAUUUAUCUGACAUUUUCGGCAUUGCUGCAACUGGUCGUCGCACUCUUCUAUUUUGUGGUGCAGGAGAGCGCCCAGUGGCUGAUAACGCGCAACAAUGUGGAGGGCGCCAUUGCCCGAUUGAAGCACAUUGCACACUUCAACGGGCGUCAAGUGCCGGCCGCUGACUUUGAGGCCUUUCGUCAAAAUUGCAUCGCCAAGCAAAAGCUGGAGAAUCAUCAGCAGAAGGCCAGGCUCUUUGAUCUGCUGCGCACUCCGCAUCUACGCAAAACAUCGCUCGUCGUCAUAUUUACUUUCAUGCUGACUGCGCUGGGCUUCAACACCAUCUCCCGCAACGUGGAGGGUUUGGGACUGUCGCCAUUUGUGGUAUUCUCGCUAUUUGCGGUGGUUGUGCCACCAUCUGGCAUUCUGCAGGGUCUGCUGCAGAGUCGACUGGGACGCAAGGCCACCAACUUUCUGGCAUUGCUAUGCACCAGCCUCUUGUCCUGUGCUCUGGGCGUGGCCCUGUCCAAUGAAGGUGCCCAGCACAAUGCCACAUUACUGCUGGCCUUUGCAUUGCCCACACGCCUCGGCAUCUCGAUGUGCUACACGCUCACCUCGCAGUACACAUCGGAGUUGCUGCCCACCUGUGUGCGCUCACGUGGCAUGGCCACCGCUCACUUGGCAGCUGCAGCGGCGUCCUUUACCUCGCCCUAUCUCAUCCACUUGGGCAGCAUUAUGGCGGCGGGUCCGCCAUUGAUACUGACAGUUGUGCUGUUGACUGCUGCUGGCUGCACAUUGCUGCUACCGGAAACGAACAAUAGGCAGCUGCCCAUUACCCUGGAGGAUGGCGAAAGCUUUGGCAAGGGCGAAUCCUUGUUCGCAUUCGAUUGUUGGCAGCGGCGACGCGGCAACGACGACGAUGUGCUCAAACAGCCUACGGAGGAGCUUAAGUUAAAUGCCCUCAAUAGCGUACGUGGAAAUGCCGAAGCAGCGGAAACGGAAGCGGAAGUGUAGACGGAAGCCCCAAAUCGCUCAAUGUCCUGUGUUAAAAAAUGUAAGAAGAGCAUUAGAGGCCGACACAACAGACACACACCAGAAAGAAAAUUGAGAACAACAGUUUUAAUUCCGAAAGUUGUCAGUAGAUGCGAAAUUUGCUUUUAUUUGAUUGAUUUUGGGUCACAGUAUUCAACGUAACUAUAAUUAAGGUGUGUGUGUGUAAGUGUGUGUUAUUCCGUUUUACCACAUUUUCCAUAUGUAUAUGUAAGUAAUGCAUGUGUAAACUCUUUUGUUAUCCUGUAGUAAUUGCUUACAUAGUACGUGUAUGUAUUUUGUAUAUAAGUAAAGUGUACAUAGAUAUGUACGAGAGUAUGUAACUUGAUUUGUUGCUUAUUUGCUUCAUUACAAUAUGUAUAUAUAUAGAGAAAGUCUUAUAUAGUACAAAAUAGAGGUUGCUUUUUGCCCUGUUUGAAACUCUCAAUGGAAAAAACAUUUGUAUAUGGUAGCUUAAGGACCAGAGCUUGAACUUACAAUAAAUCUAGUAUGUGAUUAGAGAUUCGUGUGUGUGUGUUAGUGUUAAACCAUUAUCCAUUCUAUCAAAAACCCAACUACUAUAUCUUAUUGUAGAACCCUCUAGAAGUGUUGUGGUUGUGUGUGUGUAUUUUGAGUAUCAACUCAGGUCAACAUUACAUUUAAAAGUUUUUGUAUUCAUCACAUCAGUUUUAGGAGAGGAACAGAAGGAUGUUCAAAUUCCACAUACAACUAUCCGUGUAUGUAUUUCAAUUAUAAUUUCAUAAAUAUGUAUGUAUGUAUAUUAAUUUAAUUGUUUAGAUUGAACAGAAAGAACUCUAAUUUAACCAUGUGGCAACCAUUGUUUUGUUUGUUUUGUAAUCUUUCACAAAAAUUCUUUGUAUAUUAACGCAACACAUUUUCGGGCA